AUGAGCGACAACACCCAUCCCGCUAAAAGGCGGCGCCUCGACCGCCGUGGCUCCCACUCCCAAGACUCCUCCUCCGACGAGCUGGGUGCCAACUCGGAUGUCGAACGGCGAAGAGCGAGCUGGCUCAAGCAAGUGAGAACAACGUACCAGUCACCCAGACCGUACAAAACUACGCCUCGCCAAACUACGAAUAGCGAUUCUGAGAGCCCGGAUGAGUUGGCGGUCGAUCACCACCAUACAUAUUGGCGAAGGCAGAGCGCGAUGCGUCGCAGCAUCCUCUCGACGCCCCGGGAAAGUAGCCGAUCAGAAAGACAUCGUACGGAGGAUGCAGACGAUGAUGAUGACGAUGAAGGGGAGGAAAGUAGCGAAGACACAUCUGAAGACGAGAACAGGGCAAAGGAGAAGGCCGAGAGGCCUGUGCGUGUGCGGACACCUACCCCUCCGCCUCCGCCUCCGCCACCUAAACCAGAAAGAUUGAACUAUAAACAGAAGUUGGUCUUGAAGGGCCACCAGAGAGGGGUUUCGGCGGUUCAAUUUUCGCCUGAUGGAUCGAUGAUUGCCAGCUGCUGUAAGUACCUCCGGCUUAGUCCACCUUUUAUUGGAGCGAUCGGUCUAACGAGGGAGCCAGCUGCGGAUGGUACCAUACGCGUUUGGAACUCUUCCACGGGCAAGCUCAUACACACGUUCGAAGGUCAUCUUGGUGGGAUAUCAACCUUAUGCUGGAGCCCAGACGGGACCUUCAUCGCCUCCGGCUCCGACGACAAGUCCAUCCGACUAUGGAAUGUUUUGACGGGAAAACAACACCCAACGCCUUUCCUAGGUCAUCACAAUUACAUAUACUCCAUCGCUUUCUCCCCGAAAGGCAACAUGCUCGUCAGUGGUUCUUACGACGAAGCCGUGUUCCUCUGGGAUGUUCGCUCCGCCCGUGUCAUGCGAUCCCUCCCCGCUCACUCGGAUCCAGUUGCAGGCAUCGAUUUUAUCCGUGACGGCACAUUAAUAGCCUCCUGCGCUAGCGACGGGCUAAUCCGAAUAUGGGACUCCGCAACGGGACAGUGUUUACGAACUCUAGUACACGAAGAUAAUCCGCCGGUUAUGGGUGUGAAAUUCUCUCCGAAUGGGAAAUACGUCCUUGCGUGGACUUUGGAUGGAUGUAUCCGGUUGUGGAACUAUGUCGAAGGUCGGUGCAUAAAAACCUACCAGGGACAUAAAAAUGAGAAGUACAGUAUAUCUGGUGGGUUUGGGACGUAUAAUGCGCCGGGUGGGCCGCCUAUUGCUUUUGUAUUUAGUGGGAGUGAAGACGGCGCGGUGGUGUGUUGGGAUGUCGUCAGCAAAAAGAUACUCCAAAGGCUCGAGGGUCAUAGAGACGUUGUUCUAGGUGCAGAUGCAUGCUGCGUCGGGGGAAAGCGGCUAAUCGUCAGCUGCGGCAUGGAUAUGACUAUUCGACUCUGGGAAGAGGAGGAGAUUGUUGAACGGGAUCAAGAGGGCCAGAGCAUCAAAGCAGACUCUGAGCCUCGAGAGGAGUCUGACAAUGCGGCAGCGUCAGAGGUGGACGCUGAUGGCGACACGCCUAUGACUUGAAGUGUAUGGGAAUUUCAAUCUGUUCGACCUUUUUG